UUAUUUUUUUAAACAUGUGUGAAGUCUAAGAAUAUACAACUCUAUCUCUUUACAAAGUCCGAAAUAUAUUUACUUUUCAACAUCCAAAAACUUCCUAUAUCAAAAAAAUGUCUGAUACCGAAGAUAUUGAUUGUGAUUUCCCUCUUAUUUUUGAGCCUAAUCCUGAGGCAUCACCUGAACCAGAGGAAAUGGCUCUUCUUCCACCAAAUCACCCACUACUGAGCAAGUUUCAGAACUGUUUAAGGGGUCACUUAAUACGUACUAAACUGGAUAUAGAAAAUGAAAUUGCAGAUAUAAAACACCAUGUUAAACUCAAAGAGCAACGACGAGAAGAGCAAGGAUUGACAUUGUAUGAUAUGCAACAAAAAAUGAGAUUUCAAGAAAAACAAAUUAUGGAAUUAUCCGCUGUUAUAGAAAAGCAUUUAAAAAAUCGUCAAGACGAAGAAUUUAAUACAAAAACUUUAAAGGCGGUAAACGAAGAAAAAAUUAAGUUAACUAAGUCACAUAAAAUGCUUUAUCAUGAAAGAAUGGCAGAACUAGAAGACAUGCAAAGUUUAGGAAGUAACAUCAAAAAAUGGGCGUGUACCGUAGAAGAUGAAGUAAAAAAUGCCAAACGCAUUGUUAGUAGAGACUCCCAAUUGCAAGACCAACUAUCACAGGAAAAACGAAAGUCAGAUAUACUCUUUUAUCGGCUAGAUAUAGAAAUAAAAAAGAGAGAAAACGAGUUACUGUCGAUUUGUAAAGAAGAAGCUACAAUGAAAGAGGUGAUUAAUAUUUUAAAUAUGAGCAUAGCAAAUGCCAAUACAGAUUUGGAAGUUUUGCAAAACGAACACAAGCGGCUCACACAGGCAUGGAACGAGGUUAUUAUAGCCAUUCAGUUAAGAGACAAAAUUUUAUUUCAAGUACAAAACGCAUCAAGAAAACACAGGGAGGCAAUAAAACACAAUAUAGCGGGAAUAGAGGCUAUAAAAAAACAAAUUGGAAAGGAAAUGGAACUCAAUAAAAAAUUGGAUUCAUUUAAGCAACGGCUGGCAGAUGAAUCUAUUUCUUUAAAAAGGGAAUGUCAGGACGAAAACGAAUCUCUUCUGAAGAUUCAAGCCAAACUAGAUGACCUGCCAGAGUUCUUGAAUACAACGGAAACUGAUUUGCAAGAAGCUUUACGAGAGGGAAGCCAUCUAUUUACGGAAGUUCGAAAACUAGACCUGGCAUUGGAUAAAUAUUUUACGCAAAAGCUUCGCACUGAGGAAGCAAUUCUAAGUUUAGCCCAGGAUCACUUAAUAACAGACAAAGCUACCGCUUACCGUUUGAAACUCUUAAGUAAAUCUCAGGAAAAACGUCGAAAUGUCGAUUUAUCAUUAUCCAAAGUACAAAAUCAAUUGUCAACAUCAAUGCUUGAGGUUGAAAAACUUAGAUGUGUAGUCUUUAGUGAAAGAGCCUAUAAUGAUAGUACGAAAACAAAAUUAAAAAAUGCUGAAAAUAAAUCUUUUACGUUGGAAAAUGAUUUAAAAAAGAUACACAUUCAAAUUGAAAUAAAAAUGAAAUUAUACGAAAAGAUUAACGGCAAAAUUGAGGAAAUGGACCAUAUAUUUGGCGAUGCGUCCGGAAAUACAACCGAUUUAAAGAUUAAGCAAAUUGAAAAAUCCAUUCACAUAGGAGAACUGCAAGUCCGUGAACAUCAGCAGUUUUGGAUAAUGCUGCAGAAUCACUUUGUUAAUUUGUCCCAAAAAAGAAACGAUCAGCUAAAUGAAAUUCAAGUCACGCGGAAACAACUAUCCAUUAUAAGGCAAAAGUCAUUAAAAAGUGACCAAGAGCUGGAAAUAUCAUAUAGAAAAGCAAAGGAAUUACAAAUAUUUAUUAAAAAAUAUACAUCGAAAUUGGAACUACUUAACGACAAAAUAUAUAAAAAGAGGAUUCACCAUGAUGUAGAGGAGAGUGAAUUCGAUCAUGAACAGGCUGAGCAAACUCAAAAACUUAAGAUUACAGAGCUUGAAAUUCUAAAAUUGGAAGGAAAAAUUAUUGAGCUACAAAACGAAAUUGAACUUUACAAAGAUUUUGUAAUAGACAACCAUAGGGAAACAUUAUCAUGGGAAACAAAAUACAAAAUGCUUGAAGAAACUAUUAAAUGGGCGAAAAUAGAGCGAUCUGUAAAAGGUGAAAUAGGUCUGAUGAAAACUGAAAUACACCGCAUGAAUAUAAGAUAUAGUCAACUUAAACGAGCCCAGGAAAGUCUUGUUUUAGACCUAGAUCAUUGCGUUAUGCAUCGUGAACAAAUCUUUGUCAAUGCAUCCGUCAAGGAGCACUUACAAACAAACUUUAAGCAGAUAAAAAAUGCUUCUCAAAUUCAGGUUAGACUUGAUGAAGUUCACAAUAGGACUAAGCUGAUAAGUAAUGAAAUAACAUUUUUAUCGGAAAAGCAAUUAAUUGAUGACAUUAAUAAAAUUGAACGUAUGAUUUAUAUGCUCCGUAGAAUUCAGACAGAUCUUAACGAUAUCAUUAAGGAGGACGCCAGCAUUCAGGAUCGAAUAGAAGAAGGAAUAUUAGCUAAACAUGCUAAUUUGGAGCAAAUAAUACGAAAACAGAUGAGAGCAAAAGCUUAUAAAAAGCUCAAUACAUUAAAAGCACAGCAAGUAACACUUCGUUCUGAGUUGACAUUUCAACAGGUAUCUCAAAAGCAAAGCGAGCUAAAUUAUGAUCUUACAGAAAUAUCAAAGUCUCUUUUGUUAGACUAUCCUAAUAAGAAAUCAUUUGUUUUUAAAGUACUUCAUGUUCUUAAUGACUAGAGAUAUAAUUAAUAAUAAAAUUUAUC